CCGCUUCCAGCAGGGCUUCCUGGCCGGGGCGCGCCUGGCCGAGUUCCCCUGGGAGAUGUAAUAGGAGAAGACUCCCUCCACCAGCCCAUCGCUUUGGCACACGCCCCAGCCUCAAGAUGUUCGUUCUCACUUUUCCUUUGGAUGCAGCCUUGUUCCUCAGAUCAUCUGUCUCCUGAGCCUGCUUCCAGAGGCCAGCGAGCUGCCUCAGGAACCCCGCAGGAUCUUGAAGAGUUUUUAAAGAAUUCAAAGGAUUCUUCAGCCCUGCUAACUAUUUUGCAGAAGACUGUUCUUCACUCACUGUCCUUGAAGUAUCCACCUUCAGUCAAGUACCGAAGAUGCUUCUUAUCUGAGCUCAUUAAAAAGCACGAGUCCACAGCAGCUGAACCUCUCAACCAGCUUUACGAAGCACUCGGAGAUGUCUUAAAUACUGAAGAAACAACACAUUGUUAUAAAAGCUAUUUAUUGCCCUCGGGAGAUGCCGUUACCCUCUGCGAGAGCACGGCCAUCAUUUCCAGAGGAACCACGGGCCUCGUCACGUGGGAUGCUGGUCUCUACCUGGCUGAAUGGGCCCUGGAGAAUCCUGUCAUUUUCAGAAACAGAAGUGUGUUGGAAUUGGGAAGUGGGAUGGGACUGACGGGAAUCACCAUUUGCAAAGCCUGCCAUCCCAGGGCGUAUAUAUUCAGCGAUCACCACCAGUGUGUCCUUCAGCAGCUGUCGGAGAACAUCCAUUUGAACGGCUUCUUUGUGGAGUCCGAGUUUUUCCAGCAAGCACCAACAAGUGCCGAAACCCGGAAGGCAAAGCACACUGGACCACGGGGCCCGGGCAUUGUCGUAGCCGAGCUUGAUUGGCACCUGGUUACAAAGGAACAGCUUGCCAAACUGUGGGCUGAAGUGGUCAUUGCUGCAGAUGUGGUGUAUGACCCAGAGCUGACACGGUCUCUUAUCAGUGUGCUGCAAAAGCUCUCCAGUGACAACAGUGGCAGACAAGCCCCGGACGUCUACAUUGCCAUCACCAUUCGAAAUCCGGAAACCUAUUGCUGCUUUCAGAAGGAACUUGAAAAAGUUGGAAUCAGAUGGCAACUUGUUCCCAGCCCUCAGAAGAACCUUUUUCCUUAUGACCGCCGUGCCACAAUAAACAUUUUAAGACUGCUGCUUUAAGUUUUCUCCCCAAAACCCUCAUCUCAUAAUUGGAACCACUUCAACCAGUCAAGCACCUGCUGUUGCAACCAAUAGAGGCAAGCUGAAGUAAAACUCUGGAAGCAAAGGUACGGCUUCACAAACUCUGCCUCCAGAAUACUUUGCUGAACUGUACCGUGCGCUGCUUACCGGCAUUAUCUUUACCAAGUGAACUGUGCAGGAAUAAUUUCAAAAGAGUUGUA